ACACGAGACGAGACCAUAUUAAUAAACUCAUUUAAUUGUCAAACUAAUAAGAAAUCUCAACCCAAAGCAACAAAAUUCAUCAAUACUCAACCCAUCCCAAAACCCUCCACCCAAACAACAACCUCCAAAAUCCAAAUCUAGCUACCAACAAAGCAAAACAAAACAAUGGCAUACGUAGAUCACGCUUUUUCGAUUUCAGACGAGGAUAUCAUGAUAGGAACCUCGUACACUGUCAACAACAAACCACCCGUCAAAGAGAUCGCACUCGCUGUUUCACUUCUCGUCUUUGGUUUUCUCAGUAUCAUCAUCGGUUCUCUCAUGGCUUAUAACCAUGUCGGUGGUGACACUGCUCAUGGGCUUUUCUUUGCAAUACUGGGAAUGUUAUUGUUCAUACCUGGUUUCUACUACACGAGGAUUGCAUAUUAUGCUUACAAAGGAUACAAAGGGUUCUCUUUCUCUAACAUACCUCCUGUGUAGCUCUCAUAAUUCAAGUUCAGUUUCACAGCUUCCUUAUGUACAUAUCUUCCCUUAUUGUACUCCACCACCUUUCUUGUAUUUUUUUCUUUUGUUCUUGCCGGACAUACAAUGAGUGUUUAGAUUUAGAUUGUAGUCUGUAAUUGCUCUUAAUAUAUACUGCUGCUGUUAAGAUUUUGUUCUUCAUUGUUAAUUGUCCUGCUCCAAACCCGUUGUUGAAUAGUUUGUGUUUCUCAUCUUUCUUUAUGAUUUUAAUAAUAGCACACCUUGAUAAAGUA